CUCUUCUGACUAAUGGUGACGAACUAUUAUACACAAAUAAAAUUAGUGUAGUUAAUUUCAACUCUGGCUAUCAAUAUACAUAUCAAUGGAAAAUUGUUCAUGAAAUGUAUCAUCCCAAUAAAUUGCAUGAUGAUGAUCAUAUGAAGAGUGAUAAAACAAGUAAUCAGUCUUUUAGUAUCGAAGGAUUAGCUAAGAUUAUUACUGGACAGAGAUGUGAUAUGAGAUUAACUCUUUAUCAAGUAGAACAAAGUGAAACAAUUCUACCAACUAAAUAUUUGUCUUCUCUUGAAAAAUAUCCAAUAAAAUUUUGUCUCAAUAAUGGCAAACUUCAGUCGUUUGAAUAUUCAUGGAAAGAUGAAAUAUCUUCUGUCAGAAUUAAAAGAGCUUUAUUAAUUCAAUUGCAGAUGUCUUCACAAACGUAUGGACUACAAUUUUACACGAACGAAAUAGAUCAUCUGGGUUCAUGUCAAACACAAUAUAUUCCUAAAACUAUUAAUUCACAAUCGGUAACCAUGAUCAAGAAACGAAAUUCAAUGUUCUGUAAAAAUGAAUAUGAAGCAUCCUCUAUAAUCGAUAAUUUGGCAUCAAGUGAUCAAAAGUUUACAGUUAAUACUCGAUAUUUAUAUUUACAAAGUGACUUAAUCUGUGAAUUAACAUAUACACCAAAUGGACCUAUGAAAAAUGUUAACUGUGAAGAAACUUCAGUCACUCAACAACAAUGGUUUCCACUGUUUUUCAUUAAAACCUUAACUUUUAAAGUAAAUAUGCACAUAAAUCUAACUGAAGAGACUGUUUAUGGUGAUGAAAUUACGAAAUUUAAUGAAAUAUCUGAAGUCGAUUCGGAACUUCCUGAUGAAAAUGAAAAUCAGACAUUAGUGAUCGAGAAAAUUAUCACAAAUCAAAGUUAUAUUAGUAUGGUAUUGAAUUCACCUGAGAAAUUCAAUGAUUUCAUACAAAAUCUCAAGUAUUUAACUUAUGAACAAUGGAAAAUAGUGUACGAUUCAUGGGAACUAAACAAUCAAACAGAUGGUAUGAUGAAAUUUUAUGAAAAUGUUAUUUUAGAAGUUCAGACAGAAGCUUCAUUGAGAUUUAUCAUCAAUCAUUUUAUAGUGAAUGCCAAAAAUCAAUCUAACCAGCUUAAAUGGAUCAAUUGUCUUAAUGUCAUCAAAAAACCAACUAUUAAAUUAAUGAAAGAGAUCAAGAACUUGUUAACAAGCCAGUUAUACAAUUACACAGUUUAUUUUGUCAGUUUAUGCAUAAAACAAUUUUGUGAAAAUAAUGCAUCAUGUAUGGAAUAUCAGAUAAUCAAUGAAUUGGUAGAAAUCAUUGAAAACACAGUUGAUUUGCAAGACAGUAUCAAGUCAUUAAGAACACUUGAGACUAUUGCAAAUAUUGGUCCGGUGUUAUCUUCGCAAAAAGUAAUUUCGAUUAUAGGGAAAAUGUUAAUAGAUCAUAAAAUUCAAUCUGAUGACAAUAUACGAUUAUAUACUGCAAAAAUAGCUGGUCAGUUGAAGUGUGAUCAAGAUUUAGAUAAACUUCUAUGGAGCAUAUUUUCAACUAAUACUGAGUCGAAUGAACUAAGGAUUACAAUUUUCCAUUCAUAUAUUCAAUGUCUAACUGAGGAUAAACUGAAGAAAAUACUCAAAGUUUUAAAUAAAUCUCUGGACAAUCAAAUUCGAUCUUAUGUCAUAUAUAAACUGGUUAGUUUACUGAAAACACAAGAUCCUUCUAAGAAACAUUUACAGCUAAAAGUUCGAAAGUAUGAAUAUGAAAUCAUUCAACUAAGUAAAGAUAAUGGACUUCUGUUUGCAAUAAGAAAUUCCGGAUAUCAUGAGUGGAUCCAAAAAACAAAAUAUGGCAAUUUCCUGACGGAAUUAUCAAUAAUAUAUGAAUCGUACAGCAUUAUACCGAACCUCGUAACAAUGAAAUUAAAAUAUCAAAACAAAGAAACACUCAUAAACAUUAUUGAAGUUUUAUAUCGAUAUGGAUAUGAAACAUUUCUCUAUAAAGUUCUAAUGAAUUUAAUGAAAACAUUUACAUCAAUAUAUAUUCCAUGGAUGAAUGACUAUGCAGCGAAUAUUGACAAUCAGACUCAAACGUCUAGCAAAUAUGAUUCAAUAUUCAUUAAAUGGUUUGAUCAAGUUGUAUUUCACUCAUCCAAUUUAAGUUAUCAACUUCAAAAUUGGUUUGCUACUACAAGGCAGAGUUGGUGGAAUCAACCAAUCGAAACUAAUCAUGCCAAACGUCUAUGGGAAUCAACCGAUUCUUAUCCAUUACUAAGUGGAUUUCAUAUUGAAUGGAAAAUAAAUAUUAUUUCCUAUUUGAAUUUCUACAUGAAUAAUGCGUACAAUUUAAAUCCGUUUAAAUUGGCAUUACAUAUAGACCACAAAUCGAAUUUGUACAUUUCUGAAAGCAUACUAUUUGUGAUUGGAUCUCAUGAAAACUUUGGCUUUCGAUCGGAUCAACAAAUUGAUUUGAAUUUUCACAUAAACGAUAGUUUUAAAUUCACUAGUGAAACUAAUGAUUUGUCACUGGAAUUAUUAUUCCACCCAUGGAGUCAUAAUUUCGAAUUAUUCAAAUAUAUGAGAAGUGAUUAUUUCGUGAAAAAUGGCAGACCAUACAUAGAAGACAGUGAUCUACAAUCUUUAGAAUCACAGCAAUCGACAACAACGACAACUCUAAAACCCUUUAACUGGUUUCAUUUGAACAUUGGUCAACUAUGUGAUACUGGAAACGUAUACUCAUCUGUUCAAGUAUUUCGAGCUGAUGUGAUUGAAGCUAAAGGCUUCUUUUUAAAAUUUAAUUACUUGUCUACUAACACAGAGAAAAAUAACAAAAAUAGCAGGAUUAUUAUGUUUAUCGAUCGACCGAGUGUAUCAAUGCAACAGAAUUCUGAAAAAAAAAGUAAUGUCUUUCAGUUUGACUUGACAAUAAACAAUGAAGAAAAUAUUUUACGACAUGUUGAUUUAAAAUUUUCAACAUAUCUAGAAGAUUCUUACCACUUACAAAUUAAUAUCACCCACGAUGGUUUAAUCCAAGCGAUUGGUUGCUUGAAUCAACAAAGAAUACUUCAAGCGAAUGGAAGUUUUGAAGUACACGAAAAUAAUACAAAUGCAGUUGUACAAGUUUAUAAUCCUUCAAGUAUUUUAAAUUUCAGUUUUCAAAAAUACCACAAUUCCUUUUGCAUGAUACAAGCGAUUAGUCAAGCUGAUCAGUUUCCAUUUCAGUUCAGUUUGAUUAAUGAUGUUACGAAUCAGAGAAAUCUUAAAAUGUUAGGAUUAACCGCAUUUCACACGUCAUUACAUUUUAAUAUAUCCGAUCUUCUAAAAAUACUUUGGAGUCUUCAUUUAAAUUCUACAGAAGACAAUAUUUCACCUUCAUACUACAGUAAAAUGUUACUCGAUGUUACAAUGUUUCAAGAUUUUAUCACUUAUCAAACCUCAGUCUUUUGGAACGAAACUUUGAGUAAUAAAACUACGAUUAAUAAAGACGAAAAUGAUAAAAACAUUACAAUUGAAACAAAAGCUCAAAGCUCAAUAUACAAUCACCUCAAUUUUGGAUGUACCAUCAAUAUAUUUAAAACGAAAGAAUUCCUGAUACCUUUGAACGGACAACCGUCUGAAUUUUAUAUUUAUACACGAUUUCUGUAUCCAAAUGAAAUUAGUCUUCAUGAAUUCUCACUAACGACCCGUUAUGAGGUUGAUCUGAACCAGUUAAGGCGUAUAACAACGUCAGCCACUUGUUUCGUUGACAAGGAAAAAAUUGGUUUUAUUCUAAACAGUGAACUAGAAUGGAAGUUGACUGAUACAGGAACUAUUAACAGAUUACACAGUACUAAUUAUAUCCAUUCGAAACCUGUGAAUGAAACUAUCAAAUUGAUUUUACUACAUGAUGUCGAUAAUCAGUUAUUGUCAUUGAUGCUUAUGGAGUAUAACGAUCAAUAUUGUCAGAGAAUUUAUUCAGUCAAAAACUGGUUACAACCAUGGCGUAAUCUACAUGAAAUUGCUUUUCAAUGGCCAAGUCUACAAUCCAUCCAAAUUGUAACUGUUUAUGACAUAAUACCGCUGGAUUCAUAUAGUGGAGUGACAUUGGAUCAUUUAGUUUAUUACAAUCAAAAUAAAUACAUCACAAUGAAAAAUCAAAUUAUGUUCAAAUUAGACGAACAAAAAUUGCUUGUCCUACAUCUAACUAAAAGAUUAAUUACCACAAUUACUGAUCAAUCGACUUUAAUUAGCAAUAAUAUCUCCAGAAGUGAAAGUGUCAUUUCACAAUUUGAAUUAAUUUUCCAAUUAUAUCAUGACAUAAACCUACUACCAUUACGUAUAAAAGUUAUUGCUGAAAAUAAAAUUAAUUUGCUUCUACCAAGUUUUGAAAUAAGUAAAAAUGUUGUGGGUAAAUUAAAAGCCGAUUUGACAAAAUUGAAAGGUGAUACUGUAUUUGAAUUGUUAACUUCUGAGUGGAAUAAUCAGUCCAAUUUCGGUAUUCAAUGGAAUUUUAACUAUGAAUUCAAUAUAAAAUCAGUUGUAAAUGCAAUUAUUGCGAUAAGUACACAGCCUAGUAUACAAAAUAAUAUAAUAUUCAAUUGGAAAGCUUCAGAUAAUUCACAGUUUCUUAUUUUAAACUGUAUGAUACCAUCUGUUGGUAAUUUUAUAUAUCAUUUUAAGCAUCGAUGGGAAAGUGUAUAUCAUUUCGAAGGUUCUAACAUGAUAUCUGUUCAACCACUUUUCCCAAAUCGUUUCUUUACUGGAUUUUAUUUAAAUAAUAACUAUGCUUUACAGUUUGAUUCAAGUCGAAAAUUAUUUGAAAUACGCGCUGAAUAUACGACAACUAAUUCCCUGGGUCCCGGUUCACCAUUACGUAUAAGAAUAAUUUUCAAACAUACUGAAAACUAUGAACACGGUAAUCUGGAAAUUGGAUUAGAUUCUCAAUUAAUUGGUUAUUAUUUAAGAUAUGAAAUGAUGAAUGCAAUGGUUGAAUACGAAUUGAAUUCGCUUAGUGUUGACAAACAAAUUGAGUUAAUUUGUCGUUCUAUAAUUGGAUAUCGUUUAUAUGAAGGUCGUGGAACAAGAGGUUAUCAAAGUGAACUGUUCAUCAUUCAAAAUAAAAAUGAUUAUUCACUUGAUAUAUUAUUUAAAAUUGGACGACCCGGACUUAUGCAUCAGAAUACCAUAGAAUAUAGUCAUUUACUACAAUGUAUGCAAACAAAAUUUCGAAUUUCCACUGUUUAUUUAGGCAAUCCUUACUUUUCUGCCAAAAUGGAUCUGCAAUAUGAGAAGGAUUUGUUAUUGCCUAUACAUUCAAAUAUCAGUCUGGUUAUGCCAUGGCAACCUUUCUAUCUAACUAUUCAAGAAUCAAUACAAAUGAAUAAAUCUUCCUCCAUCAUUAAUCAAAGUCUGUUAAUUUCAGUAAAUAAAUCAACAACAUUUUAUUAUUUCAAUCAAACAUCGAUAUUCGAAAAUAAAUUAGCUAGAUCUGUUUUAAAUAUACGUAAGCGCAUAGAGUUAGAGUGGAAUACAAAUGUAUUAAACAGUCAUUUCGGUAGAUUGUCUUACAAACGCUUACAAAAUAUAACCAGUGGUCAAAUCAAUGAACAAUUAAUAGGAAAUUGGAAUUCAUCAAUAUUUUUAUUACUAAUUCAGCAACAUUUAAAUAACCAUUUCAACAUUCAAUACAAUCUAACUGAUAAACUAUGGAGUAACAUAAUCGAUGGACAGUUUUCAAUGAUAAAUGAAACAAAACAGGAAUAUAUUAUGCAUAAAUAUAAUUAUAAUGGGAAUUUUAAAACCGCAUUACAUCAAAUUGACUUCAAACUGAAAAAUAUGACUAUGAUUUUUGAGAAAAAAGGAAAUAAUUAUACUAUAAAUGAUUAUGUUGAAUUAUCUUAUUGUAAAGAACAGAAAACUGAUUAUGUUUAUUCAAUUGAACAUAUGUUCAAUCAGCAGCCCAAUUCUGAUUUUUAUCAAUUCUACAGUAGGAUUAAUAAGAAAAAUAGAAAUAUUUUCAGUGUUGAUUUACAGUUCGAAAAUUUCGAUAAUGUUUAUUUCAGCGUAAAGAUUGUUCCGAUUGAUUUUAUUAAGGUUGAACUUAUUGACAUUCAGAUGAAAAAUAGUGUAUCUCCUGGAAAUUUUUAUUGGGUUUUGAAUGGAUCGUUAGAGAUUCAACCAUGUUUACCUAAAAUUCUAGUAGUGAUCAAAAUAUUACCAGCUAUAUCAGAUUUAAAGGAUAAUGGGUUUAUAGUUCGUUACAAACCUUUUCAAUGUUUGAUUGUAUUGAAAAAUACUGACAAAGAAAGUAAGUGGAAAAUUUUCGAUAUGGCUUAUAUUCAAUCUUAUAAUGAAUCUGGUGUACAGGUUUCAAAUUUAUCUGUUGAACUCUCAACACCAUUCAUAACACUACCCUACACUACAGUUGCACAAAGCAACUCAAUACAGUAUAUGACUAGUCAUCAGAGUUUCCACAGUCAGAUUAAAUUGAAUACUACGGAAAAUUCUCUUAAGUCAAUUCAUAUUAAAAUGACAUUAUUGCAAAUGAAAAAUAAUUUAUCAAUUUUAAUAAAUAUUCAUGAAAAAUAUAAAAUAUUAUUAGAAAUUAAAAGAACACUAACAAAGUUAUUGAAAUCUCCUUUUAUUCAUUCAAUGAAUUUGUCAAUUUUCGAUCAACAAAAAGAAUUAGGCAAGUUUUUACAAAUAAUUGAGAUAGUCGAAAUGAAACAACAACUCUGUUAUAAAUUAAAAAAUUAUUUACAUAUAAUUGAUUACAACAUUUACAAUGUAUCGGUUAAUUUGAUUCAUUCGAACAAGCAAACUAAUAAUUCGUUUGCUUUGUUCACUUUUAAUUACAAUUCAACUGUCCCAUUAUUAAUUGAACAAGGAUUGAAUGAAAUUAAUUUUCAUUGGGAAAAUAGACGAGAUAAAUUAAAUCUAUCAACAAUGUGCUAUUGUUCAUUGCAAAGAGUUAAAAUAAUUCAUUAUAAAUUACAAAUUGCAACAACAACAACAAUUAGAAGUAAACUAUUUUUAAAAUUAGAAAUGCAUUUAAACAAUUUUAUAGGAUUUAAACAAAAUCAUGAUUGGUUGAUUAAAGUACAUAUUAUUGAACGAACUAAUUAUUCACUGGUAUUUAGUUGUAAUAAUAAGAAAAUUUCUUUUACAACAACUUACGAUGUUCUACAAUCUGUGCUUAUUGUGAACAUUAAAAACUCUUUGUAUUUCAGGACAAAUCUUUUGAAAUUUAUUUCAACAUUAUUACAUUUUACUGAGAAUUUGAUUUAUCAACAACAAAAUACACAUCAGAUGACUGCACAACCUUUGCUCAUAAAUGAUGAGAAUAGUUCAAUAGAGUUUAUUUUAGUAACUUCCAACUUUAUCAAUCUCACUUUUGAAUUCCAAACGCAUAAUGAUGCUAGGUCGACACAGAUUCAACAAAUUCCGUCUACGAACUUGGAUUCAUCUUCCAACUUGCUCUAUAUUCCAUUUACACACUGUUUAGUUUCGACAAAACAAAAUAUCUCAAUUCGGCAGUUAGUUGCCGACUUGAAUGAUUGUGGAUCUCACAGGAAUUCAUUAUAUAACUAUGAUGAACAGUCUAAUCUCACUUCACAGACUAGCACUACGAAUCAUCAAAACAAAAUCAUAAUUAUCAAAAGUUCAAUACAAAUAUACAACACUAUUGCAUUUAAUUCUAAUGUACUCAUAGAAUUGAAUUCUGUAAAUGGAAAAAUCUCUCCGUGCACAAUCAAUGUUACUGUUAAUAAAAUAACUGCAGCAUUGAAAAAUAUACAUAUCCAAGUUUUUACAAAAUAUCAUUCACUAAAUCAAGGUAGUUUCCUUUCUACAUUCAAUGUGAAUGAUGGACACAGAUUGAUGAAUCUUACUAUAUCAAAUAAUUCUCUCAAAAAUCAAGUUAUCAUUUUACUUAACACGAAAAUGUCAAAUAACAAUAGCGGAAUAUCUAUUGAAUAUAUGUCGGAAAAUCAGAAAAAAUCAGUAGUUGUAAAAACAUCGUGCUUAAGGGAAUUGACUUAUUCCUAUGAAUCAAGUCAUUCGAUAAUCGAUGAAAAGAAUAUUUACAAAAAUAAAACAUUCUUGUUUAAAUCAGUUAAUUCAACAAAUUCAAAAUGGAAGAAAGCUACCAACAUUGAAUUCACAGUUUAUCAGAACUAUGUCUUGGAUAUUGUCGAUAAAGGUGAUAUAUUUAUUGAAAGAUUAUUAUACACUGGUUUUUAUUUAAAGACAAAUAUUUUGAAACAGGAUUCAAUAAAUAUCCUGAGCAAAAUAUCAACAUAUCCAGAAAACACUCAGCUGGUAAUAACCUUGAAUCAUGGAUUUAAGUCAGUUGCUGACCACCAAAUUGUUGUUACAUGGCCUCAUGUUUUUGAGGAGAAACAGUAUCCACUGUUAUUUCUAAAAACAGUGAACAAUACUUUGAACUUAACUGGUGGCUGUUUCCAGCAACCAGGAUUAUUCAACGCGUCCAUGCUGAUUAUAACUAACGGACACCACACACAUUGUAAAUUCCAUUGGAAAAAAUGGAGUUCUAUUUACCUGUUCAUUGAAAAUCAUUUGGAAUUGAUGUACAAUCUCAUUUAUCGAAGUAAUCACAACAAUAUUUAUCACAAUAACUAUGAUUAUGAUGAAAUUUUUCAAGUAAUCUAUCAAUUAUACAAUCAAGAUAAUUUAUUCAACUUUAAUUAUCUGAUUUCGAUAAACUAUCCAGAUAAGAAUAGGAUUGUUAACAAUGAUGAUAUAUUUGCUAUUCAAUCAGUAAUUGGUUCCAAUAAACAUAAGACAAUACUACAAAUCAAAUCGACUGAGAAUUAUGGUGCUAUGUUACAAGUUACCAGUCAUCAACAAUCAAUCAAUCAAAGUCGUCUAGAUGGUCGUUUGAUGGUAAAUAUAGAUCAUUCAAACAUUCUCCACUUACUUUCCUACUGGAGACCAGAAAUAAGUGAAGAUCUAUUAGUGUCUGUGAAUGAACUGCCCAAACAAUUCAGUUCACUAGUUCAUCUCAGUUUUUCUAAAACAUAUCAAUAUGGACAAAAGAUAGUAACAGUGUUUACAGAUAAUUUAAUUAGUUCUGUGGAUGAAAUACAAUUCUAUCAACUAAUCGAUACAGCUUUUCAUGAUCUGGAAUACAUAAGACAAAUAUUGACAUACUGGAUCGAUAAGAAGUACUUGUUUAUUGAACUACUAAAUAUGACAACAAUUGGAAAUAUGUUACAAGUGAAUGUUAAUAUUACAAAAAUAAAUCUUUGGGAAAAAUUGCAAGAAUUGAAUAUCAUUGCCGGCAAAUCUCAAUUCAACAUUGUCAAGUAUCUUAACAACACUUACGAAAAUUUCACAGUACAAAUGGAAUCAAAUACUCAAAAUAAUUCUUUCCAACAAUUAAUUAAUAGUAUUAAUCCACUGAUUAAUCAUAUAUUGAACAUAACGAUGCAAAGAUCAAACGAUUUUGCUAAAGAUGCAAUUAAAGGUUUAAAAAUAAGUGUUGGUGCUUUUGAUGCUUUUUGGUAUUCAACGGUCGAAACGUAUAAUAUUAUAUGGAUAAAGAUGCCAACAAACAUUAGUGAAAGCAUAUACAAUCUUCUUGUUAAUCAUAAAGAAAAUUCUAAGCAAAUAGGAAAUAUUACAGUUUUUUUGAAGCAAGCUAAUGAAUACUUGAAAAUCACUAAUAAUUGGGUUGAAAGCAUUCGAAUCAAUUUUAGCCGUAUAGGCCUAUGCACUGGCGAGAAAAUUAGGGAACAACGCUCUAAUGAAAUUCCCAAAUAUCGGUCAAUAAAUCAGUUUGUUCAACUAAUCAGAGAGAAACAAGUGGAAGAAUUGUAUGGAAUACUUUUCAAACCACAUAUGAGCAAUUUCACCAAAUCAACUGAUAAAAGUCAAUAUUAUUUUGAAAUAUAUAUUCCACAUUUAAUCAAGCUAAUUACUUACUUUGUGCCGAAAAUUUGGCCUUAUUACAUACAGAUCUUAGAAGAACAAUCGAAAAUGAAAUCACAAAUAAAUCAUCUAACUACCGAAGCCAGCAAUGCCUUAGAAGCGAACCAACCUUUUAUUUAGUAAAAGCAUAUUAAAAUGUCUUUUUCUCAUCUUAGUGAUCUUUGACAAAUCCAUACUGCUGUUGUCAACAACAAUAUGAAGCCAAAAAAUACAUGUGAACUCGUGACCUUGGCUUUUUCCAAAAACCUAAAAUUACAUAAUCAGUUCAUGUAAUAUUUUUUGAAGUAUUUCGUAUUUUUUUUGGAACAAGCUGUUUCCACGAUAAAAACUGUUAUGAUGACAAAUUAUUCCAAAGUAGUGGCAUUCUAGAUGAUGAAUCAACUAAAUAAUCGCAGGUUAUAAGCGAAAACAAAGAGAGAAAAAUAAAUCGCCAUGAAAAGAAGUGAAUAAUCAAUAUUUGAAACAUUACUGUAAUAAUGGUUGAGAUAAACUCCAUGUCGUCACGUCAUUUAAGUAUCAAAGCUGGUAAAAACUGUCUUGUAUUCAUCAUCUAUUUAGGCACUAAAUUG